GAACGGUUGGAGGUGGGAGUUGGCGCUGCGGGCCGGGCGGGGGCCGCGGGGCUGCGAUGCGGACGGGGCCGCGGCGGUGACCCGAGCUGCCGCCCGACAUGAACUCGCUGGAGCAGGCUGAAGAUCUCAAGGCUUUCGAGAGGAGACUUACUGAGUAUAUUCAUUGUUUGCAACCUGCCACUGGACGUUGGAGAAUGCUUCUUAUAGUGGUAUCUGUCUGUACAGCUACUGGUGCCUGGAACUGGUUGAUAGAUCCCGAGACGCAAAAGGUGUCCUUCUUCACAUCAUUGUGGAAUCAUCCAUUUUUCACCAUCAGCUGUAUCACUCUAAUAGGCUUGUUCUUUGCUGGAAUACACAAGAGAGUAGUUGCACCAUCAAUUAUCGCUGCUCGAUGUCGAACUGUAUUAGCAGAGUACAAUAUGUCUUGUGAUGAUACAGGAAAACUAAUUUUGAAACCUAGGCCACAUGUUCAGUGACAAUCUGCAUUCAUUGUUAUGGGACCUAAAACAGCCUUUCUGCAAAUAAGUGAUAAAGCAAAAAGCCAUAAGGGAUUCCUCUUACAGUUGGACAUGUGAAGGUCAUAGUAACAGCUGACGAGAAGUGUGCAAUAUUUCCCCAGCUUGUCCUGAUGAUGGUGACUCGCAUCAUCACUGGUUUGGUACCUUUGGUUAUCUGUGUUUCAGUAUUAGUGUCACUUUAGUACUUCAGACUCUGCAAAGAUGUUUGCAGAUGAAGGAUAUAUGUAUGUUACUAAGUUAAACUUAGAACCUCAUCCAGUUUUUAUAAUGUAUUUUUGCAAACUACUGUAAAUAGUAAAUCAAUGCCAAUGUUAAAGAGGAAACCGUUAUGUGGACUUUGUUCUCCUACCCCAGUAUUUCAGGAACAUCUGCUUGCCAUCUCCACAGCUCUUUACAGACAGCUGUUGUGUGUAGCUGUGCCUUUCGUUCUCACACUUCUCUCUCUCAGUCAAUGCAGGAGUAACGUCGUCGGAUUGAGCUUAGACUGAGGAAAACUCAUCUCCAUUAUGUUGCAAACUUAUAGAUGUUUUGAGAAACAUUUUUGUUAAAUGUGAACUUCAGCCACUAUUGUGGUGGUGUUUUCCAGUUCAUUGUUUUCAUUUAAUGCUAAAUAUACUUUAUAUUUUUUAAUAAUUUUAAUAGUACUCCAAAGGCUUCUGAAUAUAAAGUUUAGUUAUAAAUUAUGUUGUCUGGGAAAACAAAUAGUCAUUGUUUUAGGUAAUUGGAUUUUAUGCUGUGGUAGACAUGCUGUUAAAUAGUAUCGCACAAGUGUAAUUGAUCUCCACUCCAUCACAGGGAUAACUUGGGAGCUGUGCCACAAACUGGAGUCGACAAUUCUCACUGUUUAGAGAGUGUUAAUGACAUACUGUGUAUGCAUAUUAGCCACAUGUACUAUAAUAGCCCUAAAAAUUAAACUAUUGGGAUUGCUGUAAAUAUUUUAAAGAACUGGAGGUGCCUUUUACCUGUUUAUUUGAAGAUUUUGAAAAGGUUUAAAUUAUUUCAUGAGCAAUCUUUUACAUUUCAUUUAACAUAAAGCUGAAAAUUCAGUAACAGGACAAAAACUUUUUAACAAGGCUACCAUUUAACUUAAAUAUGUUUAUCUUGGCUUUCACAUGUAUAAAAUUUUAUUCUUUGAACUGCAGCAAUAAAACCCUUUGCUCCUAAGAAGUCUUAAGAGGGUAUUCUAUACUGCUUUGUUUUAUUUUCUGUAAAUUUUGUAGGCAAAUAUGUGCAUAAAAAUAAAUACUUUAUAUAUAA